CUUCAUUUUAAAACCUUCCUCAGCUUCGCCUUUAAUUGCUCUCUGUUUCUUGUUCGUCAAUCAGCCAAGUAUUCUUUCAAAAUCUCCUCUCUCUCUCUUUAAUUUGGGGAUUUGGUUUUAGGGUUUCGUCUUUGUUAAUGUCCGAUCUGUGAAUUGCGGUAAGUGUCGGUGUAAAAAAAAAGCCGGUCUAAUGAUAUUGGGUGUUCAAUGAGUUUCGCUAUCCCUAUGCAUCGGAUCCAUAUUCUUCACUCGUUCUCGGUCGUUUUCCUUUACUGGUUCUAUGUUUUCUCAAGGACUACCUCUUUGUUCAUCAAUGUGAUCGUUUAAAGCUAAGUUGUAGUUACUAGUUUAGUUUCUGUGAUUAUUGAAGGAAAUUAAAAUCUCUAAAUUUUCAUUUAAUUUGUUAAAAAAAUUUCCCUCCCCCCUGAGAUGGCUACUGUGCAAAAACCGGCGAGUUCCUCCGAUUCCGACCCAAGAUACGCCAACAUCGACGAGAAGAAAAGGAAGAGGAUGCUGUCGAACCGUGAAUCAGCGAGGCGAUCGCGUAUGAAGAAACAAAAGCUACUCGAAGAUUUAGUUAACGAAGUGAGUGCAUUGCAGAAAAAUAACACCCAGAUCUGUGAAAAGAUCAAGUUCACAACCCAACGCUUCGUCAAAAUGGAAGCUUCCAACAGUGUCUUAAGAGCUCAAGUAAUUGAAUUGACCGAGAGCUUGCAGUCCUUGAACUCGAUGCUGCAAAUGGUGGAAGACGUAAGCGGGUACGACGUCGAUAUCCCGGAGAUCCCCGAUCCUCUGAUGAAGCCAUGGCAACUUCCUUGUGCGACGCAGCCGAUAUGCUCGACUUUUGAUGGAUAAAAUUUAAAAAAAAAAAAAAAAAAAACCCUUCUUCCUUUAUGCACAGCCAAUUUGUAUGUUGCGUUUUAGCCUUUGGCGAAAUAUUUAAAGUAGCUUUUAUCAUUUAUGUUUGCAGAAACCUUCUGGUAUUUGCCCUUUCGUGUGUCUGUACUUUGGGAUUUUCUAUAGAUAUAUGGAAAUAUGUUAAUUUACAAA